AUGACAUGUGUCAAGGUGCGCUUCUGUAACGCAGAUGACCCUAACUGUCAUGGCGCGCAUAUUCAUUUUCGCCCGAACCCUGCGCACGUCGGCGCUACUCUAUACAUGUGCCAAGGCUGGCACAAAUUUAUCACCCAGGGCAUACGGUGGCCAAGAGCGGCAGAUACCACGGUCGAAGAAACCAAAGCCCACAUGAUGAAGAAGGUGUUCAAAGAUCCCGACGCAGCCGGUGCUGUUGGGCGGUUAUUCUUCUUUGUCAUUAUUCCCAAAAACGAGCCUGAUCGUAUUAUUGGGUCCCUUGGUGUUAACUCUCUGUCGCCCGCUCCCUCGGUGGGAUACGCCAUGCAUCCGUCGUACUGGGGGAGGGGAUACGCCAGCGAAGCCUUACGAGGGGUGAUCGACGCGUGGUGGAAGCUGCCUCGGGUCGACGGCUUGGGAUAUGAGGAGAAAUUGUUCGCGGCGGUUAAUAUAGCUAAUAAAGGGAGUGUGAAGGUUUUGCAGCGAAAUGGGUUCAAGAUUUACAAGGAAGUCGUGCUUGAGGGGGACACGGUGGCUUGUAUGGAGUUAGAGAGCCCUUGCCGAGCGAUUCCUUGA